AUGGUUAGUAAAUCAAUUUUCUGGAUGGCCUAUAUGGCACUAGGUGUCAUGUCUGCUUUUAAUUCUGCUGCUCAGCUAGAUGAAUUCAACGCACUUAAAAAACAAGAUACUCUUGAUAAAAAUUUAGUUGAUUUAGUCAAAUAUGGCUAUCAUAAUGGCUCGCACCACCUUUGGUCUUCUCCUUCCGAAGAAGAUGAGGAUUGCAGUACCGAUACUGUUAAAGAAAUCGAAGAAGACUGUACUACCUCUGAGGAAUCUGAAGAAGUUUGUGAUACAUCUGAAGAUAUUUCCGAGUCAGAUUGUGAGUCAACCAGUACAUUUACCACUUCGUUUCAAAGGUCUAGCUUAAAGCCAUCUUCUACUCAAACUACCACACCUGAUUCUACUAUUUCUUCUUCUACUCAUAAUACCUCUUUGAUAUCUUUAACAACCUCGACUACUACCAUAAUUUUUACUACUAGUAUUCCAACUAGUUCAUUUUCUAGUUCUUCUACUUUAUCUGCCUCUUCAUUUUCUCAAGAAUCAGUCACUUCAGUUUUUUCUCCUACCACAAGCCCCACUACAUCUAGUGUUAUUAGUUCUGCAUCUUUAAAGCCUUCUACAUUAAAUAAUACCACCAGUUCUAUUAUCCCAUCCCCUUCUUCAACAUCUACUACAAUUAAAACUUCAAGCAACUUUUCUUCUAAAAAUGUCACCAUUACUACACCACUUUCUCCUAUCACAACCACUUCGAUCUUUUCAAGGAACGAAAAUUUUACUGAAACUACCUCUGAACCAUUCACACCUAUUACUAUUACUACAUUUAUCACAAAAUGCAGCGAAAACAAAUGCCAUGUCGUACCCACAACUACUACUAUUACCCCAACUAUUACCAAUCUUGUACCCUCUAUCACACCGUCUACAACUACUUCAAAAAUUACAUUUCCUACGGAUACACGUUCAAAAAAUACUACCAUGACAACUACUGAAAUUAACUCUCUUAUUACCAUUACAACUUGGAUCACCAAAUGUAGUGAAAAUAAAUGUCAUGUUGAACCCUGUACAACAACAAUUCCCUCCAAACCUACUACUUUUGUGCCUAUCAUUACUCCUGGUCCUAAGAAAUCAACUUCCACAAUUACUGGUAUUAACCCCCCUGUUACCAUCACUACUUGGAUUACAAAAUGCGAUGAAGACAAAUGUCAUGUUUCCCCCACUACUACAACUGUUCCAUCUACAAUCACAUCUUUUGUUCCUGCUGUGAUAAACUCAACAUCUAUCAUUGGUACCCCUGCUAGUAAUUAUAGUAUUGGCCCGCCCCCAUUAAUUGAAACUAUUGUGAUUUGCAAUACUGGUAAAUGUUAUACAACAAUCAAAACAGCUCCUAGUGCCAUGGCUUCAGCAGUGGCUUUAGCUUCUGCUUCUGCUUCUGCUUCUGCUCAUGCUGAAGCCUCUGCCCAUGCUGAAGCCUCUGCUCAUGCUGAAGCCUCUGCCCAUGCUGAAGCCUCUGCUCAUGCUGAAGCCUCUGCCCAUGCUGAAGCCUCUGCCCAUGCUGAAGCCUCUGCUCAUGCUGAAGCCUCUGCCCAUGCCGCUGCUACUGCGACUGCUUCUGCUGGUGCUGGUGCUUCUGCUGAUGCCGCUGCUUCUGCUGAAGCCUCUCCUAACGCCUCUGCUUCUGCUAAUGCAGGCGUCAACCCUGUGGCUCCUACUAUUACACUUAAACCCUCAACUCUUCCACAGGCAUCAUCAUCUCCUAAAGCUGGUUAUUCCAGUGUUCCUCAACUGGAACAGGGUGGUGCUGUUUCACCUAAAGCAAGUCUUUUGGCUGCCAUUUUUGGCCUCUUCUUCUGGUUAUUGUAA